AUGUCGACAACGUUGUCGGACAAGGUCGUUCGUUGGGCCAGCGCCCAUCCGAUCCUGGCCGCGUUCUUCGCCCUCGUCCUCGUCGUCACGCUCUACCUCGGAUGGAAGGAAGCCACGCGGGGCCCCUCCGUCUUGGCUGGGCUGCCGGGCCCGCAACGUACUUCCUUCCUGCUCGGCUUUUCGCGCGACAACAAGAAGAAGUUUGGCGCCAAGAACCCCACCGCCGCCGACCGCGAACCCAUCAUUGGCGAUGACGGCGCCGACAUCACCGACGUGCCCGGCGUCGCGACCGCGCGCAUGUACGACGAUUACGGCAGCGACCACCUCGUCUUCCCCCGUCCCAUCGGUGGCGAGCUGCUCCUCACCCGAGACGCAGCUACCAUGAGCCACGUCCUCAACGACACGUACAACUACCAGCGCAGCUCGGCGGGCACCAAGGCGACCAAGAUGAUCAUCGGCGACGGCGUCGUCGCUGUGUUCGGAGAUGAACACAAGAAGCAGCGCAAGAUGCUCUCGCCCGCCUUCAGCGUCGAUUCGCUCAAGGCGCUCAUGCCGGUCUUCACCAACUCGACGAACCAGAUGAUGGAUCGGUUCGCCAAAGAUACGUCACUCGAGAAGAGGUGGGGCAAGGACGUCAAGGAUUCCGUCAAGUGGUUCGGCCGUGUCACGCUCGACAUCAUUGGUCAUGCUGGGUUCGACUACGACUUUGGCGCGGUCGAACAGGGGCCAAAUGGUCUGGCGGUUCGAUCUACGUUUCACGACGCCAUGACGUCGACCAUGAACGUCUCGCCCAUCGACGCCAUCGUCGGAGCCUUCAUGUUUUUCGUCGUCCCCUCGCUGCUCUACAUCCUGCCGUUGACGGACAACGUGCGCAAGCUACGUGAGAUGCGCAGCGAGCUCAUCAAGGUCUCGCAAAAGAUCGUGCAGGCUAAAGCGGCGCAGAUCCGAAAGGAGCUCGAAGCGGGUGUGGAUGCUAAGGAGACGUUUGCAGGCAAGAAGGACAUCCUUCAUCUGUUGAUGCGCGCCAACAUGUCGCCCGAGCUGCGACCGGAGGACCGUCUGUCGGACUCGGUGCUGGCAGGUCAGAUCGUGACGUUCAUCUUUGCGGGUCACGAGACAACCGCCACCACCAUGAGCUGGUGUACGUUCUUUCUCGCGCUCGACCUCGAGUACCAGUCCAAACUGCGAUCGGAGAUCCAAGACGCCCUCCGAGCGCUGGGCAAGGACGGCGAUUCGAUCUCGGACCUCACCUGGGCGGAUCUCAACAGCGACGCCAUGCGUCCACUCGACCAGUGCAUCCAAGAGACUCUCCGACUCCGUCCCCCCGUCACCACCACCUUCCGCUACGCAACCAAGGACGACAACCUCCCGGUCACCACGCCGCUCAAGACCAAAGACGGUCGCACGCUCUCCUCGAUCCCCGUCGCCGCCGGCACCGAAAUCGCCAUCUCGGUAACAUCCAACAACAUGGAUCCGAAGUACUUUGGUCCCGAAACGCAUCGCUUCCGGCCGGAUCGCUGGAACCACUUGCCUGAAUUGCAUGCCAAAUCGAAGCUCCCCUCGCCGUACGGCUCGUUCGUCUUUAAUGGCGGACCCAAGGUGUGCAUCGGCAACAAGUUCGCUAUGACCGAGAUGAAGAUCAUCCUCAUCCGCGUAUUGGCCAAGUACCGGAUCGAGUCGGUGGAGGGGUUGAAGUACAAGAGCGUCGAAGCGGUGGUGCAGAGACCGACAGUGAUCGGGUACGAGAAGGAGGGCAGUCAGCUCCCGCUUCGCUUCGUCAACGAUCCGCUUUAG